AUGGUCGUAGGCCCCCUGGCCUUCAGCUUCAGCCUCAUGGCUGCGGACUCAGUGGCCUUCGCAGAUGUGGCUGUGGUCUUCACACAGGAAGAAUGGGCCUUACUAGAUCAUGAUCAGAGGAAGCUCUACAGAGAUGUGAUGGUGGAAACUUUAAGAAACCUGGCCUCAGUCGGCUUACAAAAAAAACAAAGCCGACGAAAAAGGAUGGUUUUGAAGCCAAGUCAAAUAGAUGUUUUACAAGCAGCCUUUGAGCAGAAUCCCUACCCUGGUAUAACUAGCAGAGAAGAACUCGCCAAAGAAAUUGGCAUUCCGGAGUCUAGAGUUCAGACUUGGUUUCAAAACCAUAGAACAAGACUUCUGAGGAAGAGUCGCUUGUCCUCCGGACAAAAUUUCCCCAAACCAGCGAGACGAAAACGGACAUCCAUCACAAGAUCUCAAACCAUUCUUCUGGUGGAAGCCUUUGAGAAGAACCGGUUCCCAGGUAUCGCAGCGAGGGAGGAGCUAGCUCAGCGCACAGGCCUCCCGGAAUCCCGGAUUCAGAUAUGGUUUCAGAAUCGAAGAGCUCGGAACUCGGGGCAGAGCACAAGUGCACCACUCCUCUUUCUGACUCCUAUCCUCUCCCGCGGCGCCAGCCCAGCACGCUCCUUCCGCUUCUGCCUGGUCAACUCAGGGCAAAAAGUGACCGCCCAGAGGGAGCGCAUCCGGCGGCGGCGCAACCGCCCGCCGCUCCGGGGAGGGACUUGGCCUCAGUUGAAUCUGAGGCCCAGCUGGGGAGAAGCAGCCCUAGCGCCACGGCUCCGCCAAUCGGUGCGCUCUGACGCGGGGAGGGCGGCUCCGCGGGUCGGGAUAUCUGCCUGCCUCGCUCGCGGGGGGCGCACGGAGGGGCUUGGGCCCGCGGGAGCCGCUGCUGCAGGACUCGGCCACUGCACCUGCCCGUCCCGCCGCGCCGCGCCCACCUCUGCUCGCGUACCUGGUUUUCUAGCCUCGCGGCCUGGCGUCUUCGUCCUUCCUCCCAGUCUCCGCCUCGCGGCCAAGCUUGACAGUGCCGAGCCCUGCCCUAGAGCCACCAGGAGGAACCGCUUCGCUCCGCCCGGAGCCCUCAGCGGGGAACGCGCCGGGAUCAUUCACGCCUGGCCUCGCCCACUAUCCAGGCCUGCUGCUCCCCAGUCAGGAAUGGGUAGCCGCGUUGGACCUCCGCACGCCUGA